AUGGGUGAACAGAGCACCAAGGUCGGCCAUGCCCUAGCCAAAGGCCUCGGCAUCAAGCUCGCAUACCGUGAUCCUUUGGCCUCCAACAAGCCCGAGAAAGCUGAGGAAGCUUUCUCGGUCGCCAACCACCUUGGAAUGGAUCCAGGAGGUUACCCCAGUGGGAGACAAGUCCUCAACUACCUGAUUGGUUUAUUCCCCUUCUUGAACUGGAUUCGUCGCUACAAUGUCCAAUGGCUGAUGGGUGACUUGGUUGCCGGGAUCACCGUGGGUGCCGUCGUUGUGCCUCAGGGUAUGGCCUAUGCUGAGUUGGCUGAGCUACCCGUGCAGUACGGCCUGUACUCAUCUUUCAUGGGAGUGCUGAUAUAUUGGUUCUUCGCUACGUCAAAGGAUAUUACUAUCGGGCCUGUGGCUGUCAUGUCCACCUUGACUGGAAGUAUCAUCCUCGAUGCGCAGAAGUCGAACCCCAAAUUCGACAGCGUUGAAGGCAAAAUCGAUAUUGCAAAUUGUCUGGCUGUUAUACUUGGUGGUAUCGUUUGCGCGCUGGGCUUCCUCAAGCUUGGCUUCCUGGUGGAUUUCAUUCCCCUUCCGGCGAUCUCGGCUUUCAUGACCGGCUCUGCCGUCAAUAUCAUCGCGGGACAGGUCCCAACCAUGCUGGGCGAGAAGGCGAAAUUCAGUACCCGCGGUGCCACAUACAAGGUCAUUAUCAACACCCUCAAGCAUCUGCCCUCUGCAGGACUUGAUGCCGCUAUGGGCGUCACUGCUUGUGCUAUGCUAUACAUCAUUCGAUUCGCGUGUACAUACGCCGCUAAGAAGCAACCCCACCGGGCAAAGCUCUGGUUUUUCAUUUCAACACUGCGCACGGUAUUCGUCAUUCUGUUCUACACCAUGAUCAGUGCUGCAUGCAACAUCCACAGACGGGAUCAUCCCAUGUUCAAGGUCCUGGGCCAUGUCCCCCGAGGCUUCCAGCAUGCUGCUGUGCCGGUUGUCAAUGCUGAGAUCAUCAAGACCUUCUUGCCCCAGCUUCCCGUGGGCGUCAUUGUCCUCUUGAUCGAGCACAUUGCCAUCUCCAAGUCCUUCGGUCGUGUGAACAACUACACCAUCGACCCCUCGCAGGAGUUCAUUGCAAUUGGUAUCACCAAUCUUCUGGGACCUUUCCUUGGUGCUUAUCCCGCCACUGGUUCUUUCUCUCGAACUGCUAUCAAGUCCAAGGCCGGUGUGCGUACACCGCUGGCUGGUUGUAUUACUGCUAUCGUUGUUCUUCUUGCCAUUUAUGCGCUUCCGGCCAUGUUCUGGUAUAUCCCCAAGGCGUCUCUGGCUGGUGUUAUUAUCCACGCCGUCGGUGAUUUGAUCACGUCUCCCAACACCGUCUACCAAUUCUGGCGAGUGGCGCCAUUGGAUGUCAUCAUCUUCUUCAUCGGUGUCAUUGUGACCGUCUUCACCUCCAUCGAAGAUGGGAUCUACUGCACCAUCUGUGUCUCCGCCGCAGUCCUCCUUUUCCGAGUCGCUAAGGCUCGUGGCCAAUUCCUGGGCCGCGUGAAGAUCCACUCCGUGAUCGGCGACCACCUGGUCGAUAGUGAUGGCAAGUAUGGGUCUUUGGCCGACCGAAAGCAGGCCCCUCUCAACGAUGACCACCAGCAACGUGCUAUCUUCCUCCCAGUCAACCACCAGGACGGAUCCAACCCCGACAUCGAAGUCGAGCAACCCCACCCCGGUAUCUUCAUCUACCGCUUCUCCGAGGGCUUCAACUACCCCAACGCCAACCACUACACAGACUAUCUCGUGGACGCUAUCUUCAAGCAGACUCGUCGCACGAACCCGCAAGCAUAUGCCAGACCCGGUGACCGCCCAUGGAAUGACCCCGGUCCCUCCGGCAAGGAGAUCGCCAAGGCGACAGAGGAUACGCGGCCCACGCUGCAAGCUGUUAUCCUGGACUUCUCUUCCGUGAACAAUGUCGACACCACCUCCAUCCAAACCUUGAUCGAUGUCCGCAAUCAAUUAGACCGCUACGCCGCCCCGCGCUCGGUGCAGUGGCACUUCGCCCACAUCAACAACAGAUGGACCAAGCGCGGCCUGGCCGCCGCUGGCUUUGGCUUCCCCACCCCCGCCCCCGGCGCCGACGGCUUCCACCGCUGGAAGCCCAUCUUCAGUGUCGCGGAGAUCGAGGGCAAUUCGUCCGCCGCGGAAUUCGCGGAACGUGAGAACAACCGGCGGCUGCAGGGCUUUAGCGGUGACCUUGAGGCGGGCAUUAAGGAGCAUGACACCACCGAGCGCGAGAUCAAGACUCCUGAGUCUUCAUCAGAUGAUGCCCAUGUCUUUACCGAGGAUAAGCUGAAGCAGGACUUGGCUGAUUCUAGACCCUACCAGGGUGGUCGUCGCAGGGUCGCUAUCGUGCAGGGCAUGAAUCGUCCUUUCUUCCAUAUUGAUCUUACGAGCGCAUUGCAGAGUGCUAUUGCCAACUGCGUGGAGGAUGAUUUGCAUACUGAAUGA